AUGGAGAUCGACGAGGACGUAGAGCUAAGCGGAGAGCUGCAUCACACCGCAACGGCCGUGGCAGACAUCGGGCCGCUGUCCAGCCAGCCGGAGGUGGCCGCCAUCUCGGCCCUGAACCUCUCCUGCAACCAGCUCACGUCGCUGCGGGGCCUGUCAGCACUGCAGAACCUGCGGCACCUGAACGUGCAGCGCAACUGCCUCACCAGCUUGGAAGAUCUCCGCGGCCUGCCUGCCCUGGAGUCCCUGAACGCGGGAGGCAACGCUAUCGCCUUGCUGCAGCCUUUGACGGGUUUGACCGGCCUUCGGGAGUUGAUGCUGCACCGCAACAAGGUGGCUGAUGCCGCUGAAUUCGUGGCACUCGAGGCUCUGCCACGCCUGGUGAAGCUGGCAAUAUACGGCAAUCCAGUCACCAGCGCAAUGCAAGACGGCGGCCGCGCGGCGACUCUGGCGGCACUCCAGGGCCUGCAGAGCGCCGUGCAGCUGCUCCCCCAGCUGUCCUUGACUACCACGAAGCCCAGCUCGCUCAGGGCACCGGAUAUUGCAGCAGCCGCAGCAGCAGCCCUGCGCAAGGAGCCGCCUGUGACAUACUUCAGCAACAGGCACGACAACGGCAUGCCCUCUGUGACGCUGCGCCGCAACGGCACCGGCUCUGUCAGCUGGCCCUCAGGCGGCCUUGCGGCCUCGGCAGACCUCGACCCCGCCAGCGGCUACCGGCUGAUGGCCAUGUUUGACGCCACUGGCGCCAGUGUUGCCGCAAAUGUGGCGCUCAGCUCUGAUGGGGGCAGCGGGUUUGCGCAGUACGCAAGCGGCGCCAUGGCUCUGACCUGGAAGCGCAGGGAGGCGGGGGCGCACUUUGGGCCAGGCGGCGAGGUGCUGGCGCGCUGGAACAACCGCAAGUGA